AUGCAGGCAGCCGGGCAGCGCAUCCGAGUCGGUAGCCCGCCGCGGAGCCUAUGGACGAAUCCUGCCGCCGCCACCAAGCAGCUGACCUCUUUUCUCAUCCAGGACAUUUUGCGCCAUGGUGGCGCUGGAGAGGGGGCGCCCAGCACGCGGCUGGAGGCAGCGAGCAGCGCGGAGAAGCAGCGGCAGCAGCAGCAGCAGCAAGGGGCUUCGCUCUUGGACGCAGCCCAAAGGGAUAUCCUGCCUGCCGGACCCAACAAAGCCCUUGAGCAGUCCUGCGAGGUGGAGGCAGCAGAUCCACCUGCUGAGACCUGCCUGUCAAACUGUGGGAACCCUUCCAACUCCUUGCCAAACCACCCAAGGCCUCUGAAGCAGCAUAAGCGUUCACGUGCUGCUUUUUCUCACACUCAGGUCAUAGAGUUGGAAAGGAAGUUCAGUCACCAGAAGUACCUGUCUGCCCCAGAGCGAGCCCACCUGGCCAAGAACCUGAAACUGACAGAAACCCAGGUGAAAAUCUGGUUCCAGAACCGACGGUACAAGACGAAGAGGAAGCAGCUGGCCUCUGAACUCAGUGGACUGGAUAAGAGCUCUGUUAUGCCAGCCUUCAAAGACCAUGACUUGGCUCGGGCUUCCCUGGCCCUCUCUGUAUAUCACAGCUACCAGCACAGCCCAUAUCUGUAUUACUUGAAUGGCUGGAGUCCCAUCUUGUGGUAACUAGCUUGAUUAUGCAUACUGUAUGCAUCUGCACCAAAGGACUGUCUAUGCUACAGUGGAAUAGGUGGCCACCCUGGUUUUGUCAUGAGGUAUUUGGUAUUUCGUCCCACACUGUGCCUUUGCACAUGCAAGGGGAUGUGCCUGGCACUCUAGAUCUCUGAAGAUUUGGCUACAAAUAUGGGUCAUAUUAUGUACAAGAGAUUUCCACAUCAUCGUUUUUAAU